AUGGAUACCAAUCUUUCCAAGCCGGCGGGCAAGAAUGGCACCCGGAUUCUUCUCCCCGAAGACCAACACGGCUCCGCGAGGCAGACCAAGGUCAUCAUAUGCGCCAUAUUUAUAGGCCUCACAAUCGCAACCCUGGCGGGCUUGAUGGCCAUCAAGCACCGGAAGCACACGAGAAACCAAGAGGCAAUGAAGAUCCGGAAGGCAACCGCUUCUGCUGCCGCCACGAGUGGCAAGUAUGGUGUCUGA